AGCUGCUGUGGCUCUUGCGAUGCAGAUGAGCCUGGCUUAUGAGCGCCAUUUGCCCCCGGUAGAGCUGGCCAAGACGGCAGGUGCCAGGUCCCGACGGCGGCUGUCGCGCCAUGUCAGGGCCAUGUGGUGGCUGUGCCGGAGCCACUCGGGUCAUCGGCAAAGGCCAGCGGCGCCUUAUGACCAAGGGCAUCAAGAUGGGCAGCUGGGUUGCGGUCUCGUACAGGGUGCCCAUCAAGCAGGAGAUCGAUGAGAAUGACACGGGCCACUACGAGGGGAAGAUUGUGGACAAGCGGAUCGGCGGGCAGGACCGGGAGUCAUUCAUUGAGCUGAAGGAUGUUCUGAAGGUCGACAUCGAUGGGAACGUGAUCGGCAAGGAGAAGAACAAGCGGCUCAUCGAUGCCUUCAUCGAAGACUGCAAGGUGAUCGAAAAGAGGGCGGAGAGUUGGGAUGAGAUCAAGCUCUCCCACGAAGCGGAGGUGGAAGCAAGAUUCAGGGCAGCCAGAAAAGAGGCCGGGGAGGAUGAGGAGUCUGGCUCUGGGAUGAUGGGCAUGAUGCCCGGCAUGAUGAUGAUGCAGAACAUGAUGCAAGGCAUGAUGGCUGCGAGCAUGAUGCAGAAUGCCAUGAUGCAAGGCAAGCCGGGCUGUCCAGGCGGCAGCUGUGGCAGCUGCGGCUGCGCGGGCUGUGGGUGUCCAGGUUGUCCAGGAAGCCCAGGGGCAUGUGGUGGAUGCGGGUGCGGAUGCCCCGGUGGUUGCCCCGGAAGCUGCAGCUGUCCAGGCUGUGGCAGCUGUGGCUGUGGCGGCUGUGGCUGUGGCGGUGGCUGUGGCGGUGGUUGCGGCGGUGGCUGUGGCGGUGGUUGCGGCGGUGGCUGUGGCUGUCCAGGUGGCUGUGGCUGUGGCUGCCCAGGUUGCGGGGGUUGUCCAGGCUGCGGCUGUGGUUGCGGAGGUUGCCCUGGCUGUGGCUGUGGCUGCUGCCCCGGAGGCUGCGGCUGUGGCGGCUGUGGCUGCGGCGGCUGUGGUUGCCCGGCAGGCUGUGGCUGUGGGGGCUGCGGUUGCGGCUGCGGGGGCUGCGGUUGUGGGGGCUGUGGCUGCGGGGGCUGCGGGGGCUGUGGUUGUGGCCCAGGAUGCUGUCCAGGCUGUGGCUGUGGCUGUGGCUGUCCUGGUUGUUGUGGCUGCGGGUGCGGCGGCUGCGGUGGAUGCUGCGGCGGCUGCGGCUGUCCUGGCUGCGGCUGCGGGGGUUGCGGCUGUGGAUGUAGUGGUCCCGCCGGGAACGCCAUGGGGUGCGGUAACAGCGGCAGCAUGGGCAGCCCUAGCCGUGCAGCAAGUGGCCCCAGCAAGGGCCGAAGCAGAAGCCGCAGCCGAAGCAGAGGUAAGGAGCCAAAGGAGCCAAAGCAGCCAAAGGAGCCAAAGGAGCCAAAGGAGGAAAAGGAGGCAGAGAAGGAGAAUGAAGACAAAGAGGCUGAUGAGUAACCCUCCCGUUGGCUGUUAAAAGACAGCUCUUUUUCACGGUAAGCCCUAGAGACUCGAGGAUUUGAUUGCAUGCGCGCGAG